CUAUUUGGGAUACCCAUGUGGGGCAGCCCCAUGGGCUCUGCCGGGGUCCCCCUGCUGCUGCUGCUGCUGCUGCUGCUGGUGGUGGUGGGGGCGCUGUGCCGGAUCCCCGGAAGCGAAGGGGGAAAGGAGCCCCCCGCCCAUUUCUUGCACCAGGUGAAGCACGAGUGCCGCUUCCUGAACGGGACGCAGCGGGUGCGCUACCUGGAGAGGUACUUCUACGACCGGCAGGAGAUUGACCGCUUCGACAGCGACCUCGGGAAGUACGUGGCCGUGACCGAGUUGGGGCAGCCCGAGGCCGACCAUUGGAACAGCGAUAAGGACCGCCUGCAGUACAAGAGGGCCGCUGUGGAUCGCUUCUGCCGGUACAACUAUGACGUUUCCCGGGGGAAUCAUGUGAUUGGCCGGAGAGCCAAGCCCACCGUCACCAUCUCCCCCACCAAGGCGGACCCCGCGUCCCCCAACACCAUCCUCCUCUGCACCGCGACUGGCUUUUACCCCCUGGAGAUUGACAUCCGGUGGCUGAAGAACGGGCGGCCGGAGAAGGAGGGUGUCGCCUUCGGGGAGGAGCUCCAGAACGGAGACUGGACCUACCAGCGCCAGGUGAUGCUGGAGACCCGGCCCGAGCGGGGGGACAUCUACGCUUGCCAGGUGGGGCACGCCAGCCUGGAGGCCCCCGUCACUGUCCAGUGGGAGCCACGUUCCUCCAACUCUGCCAGGAGCAAACUGUGGACGGGGGCCGUGGGGGCCGUGCUGGGGGUGGCCUUCCUGGCUGUGGGGCUCUCCCUCUACCUGAAGAGCAAGAAAGCAACCUCCAUCCAACAACCUGCAGGGGACCCCAAAAGUGUCAACAUGGAAGAUCAUCUGUAUAAACGUACAGAGUGUGGAAAGAGCUUCGCUCGAAGCAGCCGACUUGCCUCCCAUAAAAGGCUCCACGCAGGGCAGAAACCUCAUGAAUGCCCGGAGUGUGGAAAGGCCCUCCGUGAACUUGGUGGCCUUACUAUUCAAGUCCCAGAAGGGCUCCGGGAUGCAGCAGUCAAGAUCCGCUCUGUGUCCAAGCACCAGUUCAGGACUUCGGUGCUUCCCUGGCUUAUACGCCUGGGUGUCACCAGGACCUUGAUGACUCCUCAGCCCAAACUGCUGAAGGACCUCCCCGAGCACUUUCGUGCAGAGGCCAAGUUUGUUAUUUUGUCUCCAUUCCGUAAUUUAAAAAUUAAAAUCCUUCCUGCUUUUGGCCCUGCUGAUUCUCCCACAUCCUUCCUAUCUCCUUCUGCUUCCCCCCCAGCCAAGCCCACCGUCACCAUCUCCCCCACCAAGGCGGACCCCGCGUCCCCCAACACCAUCCUCCUCUGCACCACGACGGGCUUUUACCCCCUGGAGAUUGACAUCCGGUGGCUGAAGAACGGGCGACCGGAGAAGGAAGGCGUCACCUUCGGGGAGGAGCUGCAGAACGGCGACUGGACCUACCAGCACCAGGUGAUGCUGGAGACCCGGCCCGAGCGUGGGGACGUCUACGCUUGCCAGGUGGGGCACGCCAGCCUGGAGGCCCCCGUCACCAUCCAGUGGGAGCCACGUUCCUCCAACUCUGCCAGGAGCAAACUCUGGACGGGGGCCGUGGGGGCUGUGCUGGGGGUGGCCUUCCUGGCUGUGGGGCUCUCCCUCUACCUGAAGAGCAAGAAAGCAACCUCCUUCCAACAACCUGCAGGAUGGAGGUUUGAGGCGGUGGGUUGGCGAGAAGAGGAGAAUCGCAGCCGGGACCCCGGCCGCCUCUUCCUCCACGCUGAUCCCGGAUCUCCCUCAACCCGGCCCUCCCCAUCCUGGCUGCUCCCUGGACAUCCGCCUGCCUGCCCCCUCGGCCAGUCCCGAACCAUCUCUGCCUCCCUCUUCGCGCGGCAUCACACUGACAACAAAGGAAAAACAUCCCAUUCCCCUGAUGUGAGUGGGACUUUGGCACACCUCGGCCGCCGCCAAGCUGCUUCGGAAAUGUGCGGCAUUGGGAUUUCUGUCCGUAGGAAGCUGGCCCUCCCUCCAUCCCGAGGCACGGGGGUCUCGGUGGAUCACGUGGCACUGAGGACAGAGAACCCGGGGCAGGCUGAGAGGCCAAGAGCCUGCCCACGGAGGGCUGCGUCUGCCUGGUGA